AUUUAUUUGAAGCAGUCAUAAACUCGACCUUUUCCAUUUUAUCUUCUUUUUUUUUUUUUUUUUUUUUUUUUGAUCUACCUUGUUCACCAAUCUUUUCCUUGUCUUUUCCUCUCAAUUUCUUCAAUCACAAUCAUGGAGUUUCCCCCCUUUCUCUCUCUCUCCAAUUUCCUCCUCUUCCCUUUAUAACCCUAUUUUCCCCCCCUCUACUCUUCUCUCAACUUUGACUCCAUUCCCAUGCUCAAUUUCGCAUCUUUCCACCUUCAAUCAUGGAGUUUCUCUCUCUAAUUCAAGAGCUUAAUCAAGGCAAACAACUCGCUAACCAACUCCGUAACCAUCUUCAUCCUUCUUCUUCCUCCCAUGGCAUUCUCUUAGUCGAUAAGAUUCUUCGUUCCUACGAAAACGCGCUUUUGGCUCUCUCCGCCGGUGGUGGUGCUUCCGUCAAUUCCGCCAUUGCUCCGGUCAAUGCGGCUGUCAAAGAUGGAGAUGUAUCCAAAAAAAGAAAGUUAAUGGCGAAAUGGAGUGAACAGGUUAAGGUUUCCUCUGGCUCUGCUGUUGAAGGUCCUGGUUGUGAUGGAUUUAGUUGGAGAAAGUAUGGUCAGAAGGAUAUUCUUGGAUCCCAAUUUCCCAGAGGCUAUUUUAGAUGCUCACAUCGCUUUACACAAGGAUGUUUAGCAACAAAACAAGUUCAAAAGUCAGACAAUGAUCCAACCAUUUAUGAUGUAACUUAUAGAGGAAGACACACUUGCAACAAAGCCCUUCAUUCAACAAACACACCACAAGAACACCAAAACUCAUUACUUCAACACCCAAUCCCACCAAAACAAGAAGAAAAGCCAUUGCAGCAGUUACAUGAUCCUUUAUGUUUUAUGUUCAGCUCCGACCCCAUUCGAGUAAAAUCCGAGAACUUAGACAAUGCCAAUGGUGGCCUCCUUCAACCAUUUUGUCCCCCAUCCCCGAUGUUCGGUUCUGAAGUUCAAGAUGAUCAAAGCCCUUUUAGGGAAAGUGAGUGUUCUCUGACGUUUGAAUCGAAUGAUACGUUUGGAUUGUGCUGUGAUUUCGAAACUGGGUUUGUGUCAAUUCCUAGUUCAAUGACUAAUAUUUCGAUUGGAGACUUGGAGGAGUAUUGUAGUUUUGAUAACUUGGAGAUGUUCUGUUGAAACUGUUUCCUAAACUUCUAAACAUGCAAGAGGGAAAGAAAAGAAGCGAUUGUGAAUUAGUAUAAAUCAGCAUUGAAAGAGAGAUGAUGGAUAAUGUACUCAAGGCCUCCUGCAUUGCUGGUUAGAGAUUUCCUUUUUGUUUUUUUGUUUUUUUUUUUUCUUUUUGUUCUUCAGUGGAUCCUUUGGGAGGCCAAAUUUUCAGUGUAAUUACUGAUGUUAGUGUAGGAGAAAAUAGGAAUAUGGUUUCUUAUCACUUAUGUAUUUGAAUUAGUGAAAAAAUAAAGAUUGGAUUUAUAUAUUAAA